AUGGAAAAUGAUACUCAAACAUCAACUGAUUUCAUUUUAUUGGGAUUGUUUCCAGCAUCAAGAUUUGGCGUGUUCCUUUUUGUUCUCAUUUUUCUCAUUUUUCUAAUGGCUCUGUUUGGCAACCUGUCCAUGAUUCUACUCAUCUUCCUAGACACCCGUCUCCACACACCCAUGUAUUUCUUACUUAGUCAGCUCUCCCUCAUUGACCUAAAUUACAUCUCCACUAUUGUCCCCAAGAUGGCUUCCAAUUUUUUGUUUGGAAACAAGUCUCUCUCCUUCAUUGGGUGUGGUGUUCAGAGCUUCUUUUUCUUGAUCUUCUUUUUCUUGAUGUUAGGAGGGGCAGAAGGAUUGCUUUUGAUAUCUAUGGCUUAUGAUCGAUAUGUGGCUAUUUGCUUUCCUCUUCACUAUGCCGUUCAUAUGAGCAAAAAAGUGUGUGUGUUGAUGAUAACAGGGUCUUGGAUAAUGGGCUCAAUCAACUCCUGUGCCCACACUGUGUAUGCCCUCCAUAUCCCUUAUUGUCGAUCCAGAACCAUCAACCAUUUCUUCUGUGAUGUCCCGGCCAUGUUGACUCUGGCCUGCAUGGACACCUGGGUCUAUGAGUACACAGUGUUUGUCAGCACAACCCUCUUCCUUGUGCUUCCUUUCAUUGGCAUUGCAUGUUCCUAUGGCCGAGUUCUCCUUGCCAUCUGCCGUAUGCACUCAACAGAAGGGAGGAAGAAGGCCUAUUCGACCUGCAGCACCCACCUCACUGUGGUUAUUUUAUAUUAUGUACCUUUUGCUUACACUUAUCUACGUCCAAGAUCGCUUAGAUCUCCAAUAGAGGACAAGGUUCUGGCUGUCUUCUACACCAUCCUGACUCCCAUGCUCAACCCUAUCAUUUACAGCCUGAGAAACAAGGAGGUGAUGGGGGCCCUGAGAAGAAUGAUUCAGAUAAUCUGCUUUUUGAAAAUGUAG